ACACUCCUGGCCUAGCUCUUCUUAAUUUGCGUUAUCCUAAGCCUCUCUCUAUAUAUAUAUCGUUGGUGGCCACAAUCAUUUGUGUGCCUCUCAGGCUCAACUCUCAACCUUAACCAGCCGCCCUGCAUAUAUUAUAGUACGACAAAGAUGUCCCGGUUUACCGCCGUUUUCCUGCUCCUCCUCCUCCUCCUCAUCAGCUGCUCGUCGUCUCGUGCCACCCGCCCUGCCCCACUAGCCUGGAAGAAUACUUCGCCGGAAAACCAGCAUCCGGGCGAUGAAACCGGGCGACCUGAGGCCGUGGAUCAUGAGGACUGCGAAGCAGGUGGAGAUGAAGAGUGUUUGAUGAGGAGGACUCUUGCUGCUCACCUUGACUACAUCUACACCCAGAAGCAUCAACCUUAAACAUCUAUAUAUAUAAAUACACACACACCCCUUCAUGCAAUGAACCAGCAAAUUAUAUAAUAUGGCGCCGUGAGGCAGUGAAGAUUAGAUUUAGUUUGAUCAGAAAUGUUGCAGACUGGGUGGAUUGAAUCUCUUAAUUACUUGGUGCAACUAGAUAGAGUUCAUAUAGUAUUGCUCUGUAAUCUUCUUCUCCUAUUGUGUGGCUGUUAUCGUAGUGGAUUAGCGGAUGAGAUAAACAAUAUAUAGGGAUCUUUUUUUUAUGUAUAUUGAUCUCACUUAUUAGAAAUAUUGAGCAAAAGGUUCAUGCGGCUGCUCUUUUUCCCUUC